ACCGAAGUCCUGAUGAACGUUUGAUUCCUCCGUUCAUCUCACGUCGCGCAGUCUAUUUCUUUUGUCCUGUACGGGCCCAUUACUUUGGGUCUUUUUGGCACGCAGAUUCACUUCUGCCGUUCCUUGAUUUACUUAUACUUCAAUACUAGGCUAGAACUUAGAACAUCGAUUCCAUCGACAUUGCGCCCUCCGCGCCGAAAACACCAGCUUUUGAUUCUUCAGACCAGGUACUGUUCAAUCAGGAGACCCAAAAAAAGUGCAGCCGGAUUCGAUUUGUCUAGGUAGCUUUAUUUGCUUGAUCAAGGAACGCCUCAAAACGUCUGUUCUACCGUAUCCAAGACACCAGCCCGCCUCUCAAACGUCCAGUCCUAUGCGACCGGUACAUUACGAAAUCAGCAAAAAGUAGCCAAGAACAGCUAGAAUUCAUCAAACUUUUCUCACUUUCUUACAAAUCGCACUCCCUCAUAUUCCACGGUCGCCUCUAUUUCAACCAAUCUGGCAGGAAACAAACGGCGCAGUCUCUCCACUCAAGGAGGUCUGCUGAAUAGAAUGUUUGGCGGCUCCUCGAAAGCGGACAGCCCUACCUUGACCAGCGCGACUUCGAAUCUACCAGCGACAGGUAUUCCUGCGCCAGGGAGCAAGUCUCCGUCCCCGGACGCGAGUGAAUCGACUUUGAGCAGUAGCCCCACCAAAGCUGCCGAGCAGCCCACGAGCAGGGAGAAACGUAGCGGCAAUGGCAGCCCACCCGACUCUGCCGGCGCUGCCGAGCAGAAGAAGAGGAGAAGCAGCGGCGUGAGCAGUAAGGCAAGCAGCCUGCUCGCCAGCGCAAAGAACACACUCAAUUUUGGUCAGGGUAGCAGUCGUUCGAAUGCCGAUAAUGGAUCGUCAACGCAGACUGCACUGCAGAAGCUGGGGAAGCAGGACCCGGCGCUCAUAGUACCGCAGGGCCAGCAGAACAACUCGGCGGGAGAGUCGCUACCUGGACCCAAGUCGACUUUCCGCGUUGGCGUUUGGGAGGAUCGUAACAAGAAAUGCAGGCGUACUAUGGAGGAUACCCACGCAUUUCUCUACAACUUUCUUCAUACGCCGGCAGCGACACCUACCAGUUCGUCAAAUGCAACUGACGGCGAAACGAGAGCCGCGGCAUCUCCGGGCGACGAGAUUGUCGAGUCUGACAAUGGCUACUUUGCCAUUUUUGAUGGCCAUGCCGGCACCUUCGCCGCGGACUGGUGUGGCAAAAAGUUGCAUCUCAUAUUGGAAGAGACAAUACGCAAGAAGCCUAAUGUACCUAUCCCCGAGCUUCUCGACGAAACCUUCACGACAGUUGAUGCGCAGCUUGAAAAGCUGCCUGUGAAAAACAGCGGGUGCACAGCUGCGAUAGCGGUGCUCCGUUGGGAGGAUCGAGUGCCUAGCAGUCAGUCCGCCACUGGUUCCCAACCCGUUGCAGCGGCCAAGGCUUCGGAUGAAGGUCUGAAGCCCGAGGACGGAAAGCCCAACGAUGGUGCCAGUCUACGUGCAUCCGACGCGGCGCCCCCAAGGCCGAAGCCAGCCGUGACAAAACAACGCGUGCUAUAUACGGCCAAUGUGGGCGAUGCUCGUAUUAUUCUCUGUCGAUCCGGAAAAGCUCUCCGUCUCUCGUAUGACCACAAGGGAAGCGACGAGAAUGAAGGCAGGCGCAUAACUAAUGCUGGCGGCUUGAUACUCAACAAUCGUGUCAAUGGCGUGCUUGCUGUGACGCGAGCCCUCGGCGACACCUACAUGAAGGAAUUGGUCACAGGUCAUCCCUAUACAACCGAAACUGUGAUUCAGCCAGAACUGGACGAAUUUCUUAUUAUUGCGUGUGAUGGACUUUGGGACGUGUGCGAUGAUCAGGAGGCUGUUGAUCAGGUUAGGAAUAUCGAAGACCCAGCGGCUGCGGCGAAGCUACUAGUCAACCAUGCCCUUGCUCGAUUCAGCACCGAUAACUUGUCUUGCAUGAUUGUUCGAUUUGACAAACAAGCGGUUAUUGACGGGCACUCCCGCAAAGACGUUGCCACCAAGGGUGAUCCGGCUAGCAAACCGAGCGAGGCAGACCGCAAUGUUCAAUUGGCCACUAACGCCGCCGGCCGGAGUAAUGACCCUAUACCUUCGAUUAGCGAGGAGCCCGCGGCGGCGGCCACAGCAGCAGCAGCAGCAGCAGGGGACUCUUCUGGUGGCACGAAAGCACAGGAUGAUGAGUCUAGCCAACCUGCCACAUCUUCAUAA